AUGGUCCGCUUCCCGUUUGACCUAGAUUGCGGAUGGGUACUGCAUCAGCGUACGGGACGGCUAGAGGAUGCGUAUACCUUAGAGAAGGAGCUCGGUCGUGGACAUUUCGGGAUCGUCAAGCUUUGCAGAAAACGUUCCGGAGGCGGACAAUACGCAUGCAAGUCGAUUGACAAGUCUAAACUCUCGCACUGGGAGGAUAAGGAAGAUGUUCGCAGAGAAAUCGAGAUCAUGCGAAGACUUUCCGGCAAUCCUUACACGCUGAACCUGGAAGACGUGUUCGAGGACGAUAGUUUCGUCCAUCUAAUCAUGGAGCUCUGCGAGGGUGCCGAGUUCAGCCCCGUGGUUUCCAGGAAGCUACCGCAUGCUUCCCCGCAAACCCCGCCGAGGUUGGAGCUCGAGACUCAUACCAGCUUGCUGUGUGCGAGCUCACGGCUAAGCCUCUCUUCGUCUCUCGCCUCCUCGUCGGUUGAAGAAGGGUCGGUAGAAACAGACGGAGCUAGAUCGGAGCAGAUUGAAGGCUCGGAAUCGGUCGCAGGGGAAGCAGCAGCAGCAGCGGCGGACGUUCAGGGGGUGACGCUGAAUGUAGCUCCUUCUCUUUGGGGUUUGUUUGGAGGGUACCAACCGGACGAGUUUGAUGCUGCAGAUUUGGUAGAUUCGGAAGGAUCGUUGGCGCAAACGCCGCAGCUGCUCUCCUGCAGUGUGUGGGGUCGGAGUCAGACCACCGACGCUGUUGAAAUCGACUGGGUGUUCGGCUUCUGA